GAUUCGUCCUCGCAGAUACGGAGCAAUUACACCGAAAGAUCGGGGAAAUGAGCGAACGUAUACGGCAACUCGAAGAUGCCCUCGCUAUUUUCCAGGCUGGAAUUUCCACCGAACGACAUCCGCUGCUGCGCGAUGAGCUGCUCACCAUUAAGUUCGGCCCCGAAGUUCGACGCACAGUGGACGAUGAAUAUACACGAAAUGCCCUAUCUCAGUCUAUAGAUGCCCUGGGAACGCUUACGAUAGGAGAGCAUGGCGAGACGAAGUACAUUGGUCGGUCUGGUGGCUCCGAAACGCUAUUUCUGGCGAAUCCUUGCAAUGGAGACAACUAUCCCAGCUUGCCUCCUGAGGCUUACGACAUUGAACUAGACGUUCCAGAUCUCAGUGAAGACCUCAACGUCCUAGCUUUCACAUUCCCCUUUUCCCUAACCCCCGAGUCCCACGACGCCAUCAUGGACAAGCUCGAAUCAUACCUUCCUCCGCAACCGCGCGCCUGGGCGUUGUGCGAGACGUAUCUCGAACAGUUUACUUGGUGGUUCCGUCCGAUCAAGCGCGACGAGCUCAUUAACGAGAUCCUCAUUCCAAUAUACCGCACCGUCGCCGAUCCGACAAAGUUCGCGUAUCACCGCAAGACCGACAGCGAGUGUGCGCGCUGCCCUCACCUUUUGGCAACACUGUUUUUGGUUCUCGCUGUCGGUGCCCUCGUUGACCUGACCCUGCCGUCGUGCUCUGCGGAAGCUGAAAAGUACUACCGCUUGGGGCGCACGGCUCUGUCUCUGCGUGCUGUCUUUGACUCACCGGAACUGGAAACUGUGCAAGCGGUCGGCUUGAUGGCUGGAUACCACAGUCUUUGCUCCUUUCGAUAUACGCUUGAGAGUGCCUGGGCUCUAGGGGGACUGGCGUCAAAGCUUGCACAAAGUAUUGGUCUCCAUCGGGAUAGCGCUCAGUGGAAGCUUGAAGACAAGAUUGUCCAGCGGCGACGCAAUUUGUUCUGGGAGCUUUUCAUAUUCGAGAUCAUGCAUUGUCUCGCUCUUGGCCGCCCGCCGAGUAUCGCUCUCAAGCAUGUUGAUUGCGAAAUUCCAACGGACGAAGAAUCCUCCGUCGGCGAGAAUGGACACGUCUUCCCAGGCUAUUGGAAGUGGCGGUUCCUGUUUUCGCAGCAGGUCUACGCCCACAUCGUGGACGCCCUCGUUAAUGCACAGGCCCCAACGUACGAGACCGUUCUCGACCUCGAUCGCCGGAUCAGGCAGACGACUCUACCGGCGGUCAGAUUGUACCUCAGGCCAGAUGAAGACGACUACAACAAUCCGGGACUCUGUAUGAAAGGAUAUCUUAUGUCACAAUACCGAUCCAUAUCCAUGAUUUACAUCCACCGGACGUUCUUUGCGCAAGCCCUGCUCGACCACCCGGAUAACCCGCUUAGCAGCCCUUUUGCACCGUCCUUCCUUGCGGCGAACCGGUGCGCCUCUGUCCUCAUCAAGUCGUUCCUCCAUUAUUAUGAGCGGUGUCCGGACCUCAUCGGUCGCUUCUGGGGGAUUUGGACACACGCCUUUUCGGCUGCGAUCAUCCUUGGUUCAACUGUCUACCGCGCUCCGAGCGUCAGCAUGGCUGCGAGCGCACUUGUAGAACUUGAGCUUGUCAUUGAGCUAUUCGGAAAGGGCUCUUCUCAGUCCUUCAGGGCACGACAAGCCUACACAAUCUUGAAAGAACUCAAGAACAAAGCAGAUAGAGCCUACCAGCAAUACCGCAACAGACACGCUAGCCCUGCUCUCGACAUCCAGCUUAACAUUGGCCCCGAAGCCGAGAUCUCUGCCUCACGGCUUGCGAUUUUCGGUGGGCAAACUCGCGUCAUGUCCUCGAAGCUUCUCUCUCGCCGACGUCCCGGGAAACGCCAAUCACAGUCCAUUUCAAGCUCUUCCCCUGUGCAGUCGCCCUCGGUGUCAAACAUGGACAGCCCUCCUCGCGACUCAUCGCCCGGUGCAAGCACCGCGCCGCCGACGCCGAGCGACUCUGGCUCGUCGAGCGUACCGCAGAACGUCUCAGAUGCGUUCGCACAGGUGCAUCCCUCGCUCGUAGAGUACCUCUCCAUGUUCCCGUCAUCGGCCUCCCUCGCUGUCGUCGAGCCGCCUCCGGCUCAGCAGAUCCUGGUGAACGGGACAAACGGGGUCAACGGAGUCAACGGGGUUAAUGGAUUGAAUGGCAUGGACGGCAUGGACGCUUCCACGACACCGACGGCCGCGAACGGCCUCGGCGGGCAGACACCCAUUGGGUUCCAACAGGGCAUGAACGGGGGCAUGAACGGCAUGACCCCGCAGGCGUCAUUCCAGCAAUUCUUUACGGACAUGCAAGGCGCGGCGGCCUCACAGCAGCAGCAAAGCAUGAGCCCCGAUAUGCCUGGUGUGGAGUUCUUUGGGAGCGGUACGGACCCGGGCCUCGCGGCGUUGAGCAUGCCUGACCUCGGCUUCACGGAGGACGUGAUGAUGACGGACCACUGGAUGAACCUCAUGCGCCAAACGGGCAUUCUUGACAGUAAUGGCAACUACGCGACCCUUGCGACGCAGCAGCCCGUACAGGUGCAGCCAUUCGGUCCAUUUUGAGUAAUUUAUGGACAGCUAGUUGUUUUGUUUGGUUAGCCUUCUCUGGCUCCAUGCUUUCGUGCUCUUAUAGUUGAACGUUGAAUCUGUAUCAAUA